UUUGAAUUGAAUGUAGGUAUUUUCAUCGGCCUUAUAGCACUACUAAUCACUAGCUCGUGGCUAUAUUGGGGACUCAAGAAAAGAAAAUUCAUCAAGCUCAAAGAAAAGUUCUUUCAGCAAAAUGGAGGUUUAAUGUUACAACAACAACUUCAUGGACGAGAAGGAUCUAGUGAAUCAGUUAAAAUCUUUACAGCUGAAGAACUGGAAAAGGCUACUAAUAAGUAUGAUGAGGAUACAAUCAUUGGUCGAGGAGGAUAUGGCACAGUUUAUAAGGGAAUUCUUGCGGAUGGCAGAGUAGUUGCAAUUAAGAAGUCCAAGUUAGUUGAUCAAACCCAAAUUGAGCAAUUUAUAAAUGAGGUGGUCGUGCUAUCCCAAGUCAAUCAUAGAAAUGUGGUUAAACUCUUGGGAUGUUGUUUAGAAACAGAAGUGCCUUUACUAGUCUAUGAAUUCAUCACCAAUGGCACUCUCUUCGACUGCAUACAUAACAAAAGCAAGGCUUCUUCCAUUUCAUGGGAAACUCGUUUAAGAAUUGCUGCAGAAACUGCGGGAGUUUUGUCAUAUUUGCACUCUUCUGCUUCUAUACCAAUAAUUCAUAGAGAUGUGAAGUCUACCAACAUUCUUCUGGAUGAUAAUUACACAGCAAAAGUGUCUGAUUUUGGAGCUUCAAGGUUGGUUCCGCUAGAUCAAACUCAGUUAUCUACAAUGGUGCAAGGAACUCUCGGAUAUUUAGAUCCUGAAUAUUUGCAUACAAGUCAGUUAACUGAAAAAAGUGACGUCUAUAGCUUCGGAGUCGUACUUGUGGAAUUACUAACGGGAAAGAAAGCACUUUCCUUUGAUAGGCCAGAGGAGGAAAGAAGUCUAGCCAUGCAUUUUCUUUCUUCAUUGAAAAAUGAUCGCUUGUUUCAAAUUCUUGAGGAUUAUAUAGUACCAAAUGAUGAAAACAUGGAGCAGCUUAAGGAUGUUGCUAAGCUUGCAAAGAGAUGCCUAGAAGUAAAAGGGGAGGAGCGACCGACUAUGAAGGAAGUGGCAAGGGAAUUAGACGGAAUGAGAAUGAUGACAAAACAUCCAUGGGUUAAUAUUGAACUGAAUCCAGAAGAAACUGAGUGUUUGCUCGGGGAACACUCCGAUACCCAUUAUAAUGGUGGUAGCCUUAAUAUAGUAAGUACAUCUGAUAUUACAACCAGCCAAAUAGUAUUACCAUUAAAUAAUGGGAGGUGAUAGGUGUUUUUUUUCUUUUCUUUUCUUUUCUUUUCUUUUCUUUUUUUUGUAUAAAUGAUGAUGUGUACUUUGUGUUAUCUAAUUAUCUAAUUAUUAUAAUUUUUGUAUUAAUUAAUUGAAGUCAUUGGCUCA